AUGUUAUUCCUAAAAAAUAUUUUGUAUACAUCAUAUCUCUUUGUGCUUGCACCUAAAUUGACCUCACAUAUCAUUGGUGGCGUUGCAGCCAAUCAUCAAGCCUGUACGAAAAUUCCAGUAACAGCAAGUCUAUCAACAACAUCAGCGGUGCACACGGACGAGAAUAGCAGCCCAGUUGAGAUGACCAGCAACGACUUCAAUUAUAAAUCUGGAACAAGUUCGGUUGCCUUUGUAACAACACCCGAUGAUAAGAUUGCCAAAAAAUUGGCUCAUGGCCUAGUGGAACGUAAAUUGGCAGCCUGUGUUAAUAUUAUUCCGAAUAUUCAAUCGGUGUACAUGUGGGAAGGCAAAGUGAAUGAGGAUAAUGAAUAUCUAAUGAUUAUAAAAACACAAACCUCCCACAUUGAGGAGUUAACCAAAUGGGUACGAGACAAUCAUCCCUAUAGUGUGGCCGAGGUUAUAACAUUGCCCAUUGAGCAGGGAAAUUUGCCAUAUAUGAAAUGGUUGGCCGAAUCUGUACCCGAAAAGAAGUAACUU